CGGUCGGAAACAGAGUGGGUUGGCGGAAAGAAGUGGAGACAAAUCACUUUUGAACAUGCUUUCGAGUUCGUGGCUCUGAGGGAAGAAACGGGAGAGCUAGUGAAGGGAAGGAGUUAUGUUGGCGCGUUACGCAGAGGCAUUGGGGUGACAGGACUCCGCAUGAGCAGAAGAAAUAGAGGGAAUCGAUAA